AUGGUGGCUUAUGAAGAGAAAUAUACAGCACUUGAGAAGACAUGUGUAUCACUUGUAUGGGCUACCCAAAAACUCAAACAUUACAUGCUUGCUUUCAAGGUCUUGUUGAUUGCAAGAAUGGAUCCUUUGAAAUAUCUAAUGGAGAAGCUGGUGCAAGAUGGGAAGACAGCUAAAUGGGUUCUACUUUUGUCAAAAUUUGAUAUCAAAUAUGUGACUCAGAAGUCUGUAAAGGGAAGAACAAUUGCCGAUCGCUUAGCCCAUUGUUCACCCAAAGAAGCUAAAGAAAUCCAAAGGGACUUUCCAGAUGAGGAUAUCAUAGGGAUAGAGUUAGAACCAUGGAAGAUGUAUUUUGAUAUAGCAACUAAUCAGAAUGGAAAUGGCAUUGGAGUUCUCCUAAUUUCUCUAAAAGGAACACACAUCCUAUUCUCUAGUAGGCUCAACUUUUCUACCACUAAUAACGCCACUGAAUAUGAAGCUUGUAUUAUGGGGUUACAAGCAGCCCUUAGUCUUGAAAUAGAAGAGUUAGAAGUGUAUGGUGACUCAGCUUUAAUAAUUUCUCAAAUUCAAAAUUGA